UGAAGAAGUAUCUCGGGAGGGUGUUUUUUUUGUGGCUGAGCAAGUCCAGACAAGCAAGAAAGGCACACGGACACCGAGACCACCACCAGAUUGCUUUGUAUUUUCGUCGUUUUGUUUCCGCGCCCGUUGUCGUUGUGGUGUCAAGGUUCUGGUGGCUUUAAGGUUGUUUUUGAAUCGGAGAAUUGAUCUCUUUUUUUCUGUGUAGCUUGGGACGAGUUUAGGACGGGUUGGAUUCUGCCCGGAGCUGCUAAUUUGUAAGGUUUUUGGUUAAUGAUUUUGUGGAGAUGGCUUAGGUCUUCGUAUUGACGAUCUCUAGGUGUAACGUUUAGUGAUUUUCAGAGGUGUUUGGUGGAGUGGUUUGAUUUAGGGAGGGCUGGCUAGGUUGAUAAUUCAAGGCGUUGUGGCGGGUGAUAGUUUCAAGAGUUUGGUGGUUCGUUGAGAAUUUUGGUUGCAACCGAGUUGAAUCACGUUCUGUAAGCUUCUGGGAGUUUUUAAACGGGUGCGCUGUCAUUUGGGAGCGCCAAUGCCCCCAGAACUGAGUCGUAUAGCGUAGUUUCGCUUAAGAACGAGAAUUUAUAUUAUAUUAUAUUAUAUUAUAUUCUUUUUUUCAUAUCUAAGAAAGCUCUUCUAGGGUUUGGAAGGGAAAGUUUCUGCUGAAAACUUGUCUUGCGGUUUGAUCGAACUUCGAUUUUCAUCUUACGGGGAUCGAGUUUCUGCGACGAAAGGAAUUUGCGGAAUUAGGGCAAACUUUGGGGUAACUUCAGUGCCAUGGAGUGUCCAUGAGGUGCGAACAGAUGGACAGAUGAUGAGCCUGAUGUUUUAUGGCUCUUUGCAGUUUGUUCUCGCGCCAAUUUGUUUUUCUUCAGCUGCAGUGAGUGAUAUAAAUAGCUUGCACUUGCCGGACAGAACAACUUCAACAGUCUAAUUGUAUGUUACAAGGUGGUGGCAUCUUCUACGUUACCAGGCUUUAUUCGAGGAAUUAGUAUUUGGGAGAGCUUGGAGGACGUUACUCUGAAUUAAGGCUUAAGGGUCAGGAUUAUCUGGAAGGUUGAAGAUGGCGACCAAUGAUGUCGUGAGCGUUUCGCAUUCUAUGCUACUAAAAGCUACAGAUCUCAAAGAUGACCGAAUCGAUGUAAUUUCAAUCUGUCUCUUUGUAUUUUUACUCUGUGCGUGCAUUGUGCUGGGGCACCUUCUGGAGGAAAAUCGGUGGAUGAAUGAGUCUAUUACUGCUCUUCUUCUGGGACUCUUUACUGGAUCUAUAGUGUUGAUUUCAAGCAAAGGUCAAGGUUCUCAUAUUCUGGAGUUUGAUGAAGAGCUUUUCUUCAUAUACCUUCUUCCACCUAUAAUCUUCAAUGCUGGGUUCCAGGUUAAGAAGAAGGAAUUCUUUCGGAAUUUCAUAACAAUCAUGUUUUUUGGAGUUAUAGGAGUCUUUAUUUCUUUCGGAAUUAUCUCAACAGGAAGUUGGUAUUUCUUCUCCAAGUUCGGACUUAAGAACCUGCCUAUUCGAGAUAUCCUAGCUAUUGGAGUCAUCUUUUCUGCUACCGAUUCCGUCUGCACGUUGCAGGUGCUGAACCAAGAUGAAACCCCUCUACUUUACAGUUUGGUCUUUGGGGAAGGAGUCGUAAAUGAUGCUACUUCUGUGGUUCUGUUUCGAGCUGUUCAAACAUACAACUUUGACAAUUUUACAUCCUUAGAAGGCUUACAAAUUGGAGGCAGUUUCUUGUACUUAUUCUUCUCGAGUUGCAUCCUGGGAAUCGCGUCGGGCUUAAUAAGCGCAUAUAUCAUCAAGACAAUGUACUUUGGCAGGCAUUCCACGGAUCGUGAAAUAGCAAUCAUGACAUUGAUGGCGUAUUUAUCUUACGUCUUUGCAGAGCUUUUCUACUUGAGUGGAAUUCUCUCAGUGUUCUUUUGCGGCAUUGUAAUGUCUCAUUACACUUGGCAUAACGUCACGGAGAAUUCUCGAAUCACAAGCAAGCAUUCCUUUGCAACGAUGUCAUUCAUUGCAGAGACGUUCAUAUUUCUAUAUGUUGGAAUGGAUGCUCUGGAUUUCGAAAAAUGGAAGAUGAUGCAAUCCAGUUUCACGGAAUCUGCGGGGCUAUUUGGUAGCUUGUUGUUUCUGGUCCUGUUAGGGAGGGCCGCAUUUGUGUUCCCACUCUCUGCUUUGUCCAACUACAGCACAAAGUCUCCAGACGCGAAGAUUAAUUUACGCCAAAUGGUUAUUAUCUGGUGGGCUGGACUAAUGCGAGGUGCUGUCUCAAUAGCACUGGCGUUCAACCAGUUCACUCAGGGUGGUGAUGCAAAGGACUCAAACCAAGCCACGCUAAUGGUCAUUACUAUCAUCAUUGUCCUCUUCAGCACUAUUGUGUUCGGCACUGCAACCAAGCCUCUUAUUAGCUGGCUACUUCCACCUCAUUUCAGAUCAAAUUACAGUGAUUCAGCCAGUCUCUCCCCAAAAGCGUCUCUUGAUGCUGACUUUCAUAUACCACUCCUUAUGGAUACAGAGCGUGAAGAAUUAGAAGCAAAUGAUCGAUCUACGAUAAAUCAAAUCCUAAAUGGUCUUCCUCGUCCUCAGUCAAUAGGCAUGCUGCUGACUGCACCAAGAUCAACCAUCCACCAUGUAUGGAGAAAAUUUGAUGAUUCUUACAUGCGGCCCACGUUUGGUGGGAGAGGAUAUGUUAGGUUGGUGUCACGGCGUGAUAUGGACAUACAAGAAGAUGAAAUCCUUGAAGAUCACAGUUGAAUCAAGUUAGUGGCUACUGUACCUGUAAUAUCAUCCGUCUUUGUGGACAGGAGACUGGUUGAUGAAUACAAAGCUUAUGAACAGGGAGUAGUAAGUAUCCUUCUCUGUAAUUUUUAAGCAAGAAACGCUUUGAUGUCCUUCAUACAAAGACGAGUUGUACUUGAGUUGAUCAGAGUUUAACAUUUUUAGUUGAACCAUCCACGGAAUCUUAAGUUCUUCUGCUGAAAAUUCUAGAUUUGAAGUAUGAGGAAGGCCAGGGCCAAAUUUGAUAGUCAAUCCUGAUCUGUAUUGUAUUUACACAAGUAUCACGUAUUUAUUUGAGGAACUAUGUCCUCAUGUUUCGAUAGGUGCUGAA